AAAAUUAAUUUAUGUAAUAAUAAAAAAGAUCCAGACGAAAUUGCCCCUGUAAAGCUAAGGCAAGAGGGAGACGAAGGGGGGUUUUGACGUAAAUUGAGAGUGACAGUGGGGUAGGUGCUUUUCCUGAAUCUACGCUAGGCCGUUGACAAUGAUUGUCUUUGGUGCACCAAAUGACUAUUGACUAUUGACUAUUGACUAUUGACUAUUGAGGCUUAGCCUUAGCCUGCUUCCUUUUUACAUCACUCAACCAACACUUCUCUUCUCUGUCUCUUCUUAUAUCAUUAAUCCCCAAAUCCCCCGUUAGGGUUUCCUCUCCAUCAAUGGCUUCCAAUUCCAUCCUUUGCAUAAACGACGUCUUAACCGACGACGAGCUGCGUUUCAUUCUUGGCCGCGUCGAUACCGACAAGGACAAGGAAACCUUCGGGUUGGUAUGCAAGCGAUGGCUUCUGUUGCAGAGCACUGAAAGGAAGAAGCUUGCCGCACGUGCGGGCCCCCACAUGCUCCGCAGAAUGGCCGAUAGGUUCACACGCUUGCUCGAAUUGGACCUUGCCCAGUCCGUUUCUCGCUCCUUCUAUCCCGGCGUCACCGAUUCCGACCUCGCCGUCAUCGCCAACGGCUUCACAUGCUUGAAGAUCCUCAAUUUGUAUAAUUGCAAAGGAAUUACAGAUGCUGGAAUGAAAGCGAUUGGUGAAGGUCUUUCCUCAUUGCAGUCGUUGGAUGUGUCUUACUGUAGAAAGUUGACUGACAAGGGAUUAUCAGCUGUUGCCAAAGGCUGUUGUGACUUGCGGGUAUUGCAUAUGGCUGGUUGCAGAUCUGUUACUGAUGCUGCAUUAGAAGCUCUCUCCAAAAACUGUUCUAACUUAGAGGAGUUAGGGUUGCAAGGCUGCACAAGUAUUACUGACAAUGGACUCAUAAACCUUGCAAGUGGCUGUCCACGGAUCAGGUUUUUAGACAUCAAUAAAUGCAGUAAUGUCAGUGAUGUUGGGGUUUCUAGUAUUUCUAGGGCUUGUUCGUCUUAUCUCAAGACAUUGAAACUGUUAGAUUGCUACAAAAUUGGGGAUGAAACUAUAUUAUCCCUGGCCGAAUUCUGUGGUAAUCUGGAGACUUUGAUUAUUGGUGGUUGCCGGGAUGUCUCUGCUGAUGCGAUAAAGUCGCUGGCUACUGGGUGUGGAAGCAGCCUUAGAAGCUUGAGGAUGGAUUGGUGUCGAAACAUUUCUGAUUCUUCAUUGAGCUGUGUUUUGAGUCAAUGCAGAAACCUUGAGGCACUGGAUGUUAGUUGCUGUGAAGAGUUGACGGAUGCUGCUUUUCAGCUUAUAAGCAAUGAGGAGCCUGGAUUGAGUUUGAAGAGUUUGAUGGUUAGUUGUUGUACGAAGAUCACAGUAGCGGGUAUAGGCAUUAUUAUGGAUAAAUGCACUUCUCUGCAAUACUUGGAUGUGAGGUCAUGCCCGCAUAUUACAAAGGCUGGCCUCGAUGCUAAUUUCCAUUUUCCUGAAUGCUGCAAGAUUAAUUUUAAUGGUAGCAUCAGUGAGCCUGUUGUGCUUCUUUGAUAUUAUAAAUAUUUUAAAAUAUUGGCUUCAUCGUUGUGUAAACUUUAUUCAUAAGGCGUGCCUUUGUAAAUUUGAUGAGAAUAUGAUUUGUUCUGGUGAUGGUAGUCUUCUUGUGCAACCCAUGUAUCAUGAAUGUCACUGCAAUGAAUGUUAUUGGAUGUAUCAUAUUUUAUUGGUUAGUUCGGUUGUAAAUUUGAAGAGGACAAUCGUUUUUCUUUUUUGUA